AUGUUUUUAAAUAUUGAUUAUGCUAAACGAGCUGCUGCUCGUGAUACAAAUAUUCAAUCUCUUGAUAUAAUAUCAAUUGAAGAUGAUAAUGAUAUUGAUUAUGAACAAUUAUUUGAUGAUGAUAUAACAAUCGAUAAUUCGAAAAUCGAAAUAAAAAAACCUAUUAAACGUGUUCGUUUUGCUCCAAAUAUUGAUGAAAAUUCUUUAACACCAAUUUUACCACGUUCAUCAUCUAUACGACCAAGAUUUGAUAUUGAAUUUGAUUUUGAUUCACUUGUAUCACCAUCAAAUGAAUUAAAUUCUAAUGAUUCAUUUGUAACAGAAAAAUCUAUUAAUUGGAAAGAAGCUUUUCUUAGUGAUUUACAUAUAGCUAAAAACAAUCAACCAACAUUAAUUUCUUCACCAUCAAUUAUACAAAUAGAUAAUAAAACAAAUCAAGAUACAUUAUGGGAUUUUAUGAAAGAAUCAAAUCCUGAAUUAUUUGAAAAAAUUCAAAGAAUAUAUAAUGAUAAACAAAAACGUAUUGAUCGAUUUUCUAUACAACAACCAACAUUAUCUAAUAAAAUAAAUAGUAAAAUUACAAAAUCUACAACUAUAUCAGAUAAAGAAGUUUCCGUAUCAAAGUCUAUAUCAUUAUCUGAAAUCGAAUUGAAACCAUCCGAAUCAUCGAAUAUUUCAAUUAUUGAAAUUCGACUUGAAAAUGAUGAAUUCAAUCAAAUUCAUGAAGAACUUCUUCAUUUUUUAUUACCAUAUCAUAAAAUUUUAUGUCAAGAAAAUAUUUGGCCAAAAGAAUAUAAUUUUACAUCACCAAAUAUAUCAUUUCAAUUAAUAAAAAAUAUUUGUGAAAAUGAAAAAUAUUUUAUUAAAAAUUUAAAUCGUAGUGAUAUACUUAAAUAUUUAAUGUUUAUUUAUACAAUAACAUCAUUUCUUUAUAUAUUUGCUUAUUGUUCAUUACAAACAGCUAUACAUCAUAUUGAAAAUAUAAUUGUACAAAAUAUGAAAUAUGUUUGCAUUGAUCAAGAAUGUGGUAAACCAUUAUUUGAUUUAUUAACAAAAACUCAUCAAAAAUUUGAAAAUAUUCUUCAUCCAAAAAUUUUACAUAUUAAACAAAUGUUUGUUGAUUUUUUUGAUAAAAGACGACGAUUAAUUGGUACUAUAAGACAAAUAUCAGAACCAAAAUUUCUUCUUCUUGUUCAAUAUGAAUCAAUUGAACUAUUGCAUGAUAUUGAACGUGGUCUUUCAUCAAUUAUUGAACUUCGUUCUUAUGUUUAUGAUAAACAGAUUAAUAUUACUCGAGAUGAAUUAAAUGAUUUAUUAAUGUAUAAUAAUAUGAUUAUUAUUCGUACACGUCAAAUAUCAUCAAUAAUAAUAACUCGACCAAAACGAUUAACAUUAAUUAUUGAAUAUGAAUAUGGAGAACAAAUACCACAAUGGUAUCGAUUUUGUCAACAACAAUUUAUUUCGUAUCUUGCUUAUAAAACUAUUUUACCUUCAUUUAUAGCACCAGAUGAAGAAUUAAUUGAAAUUAUUGAGAAAACAUCUUCUCCAAUAAUGAAGGAUGAACCAUCAAUUUUACCGACAAUUAUUUUAGCACGACCAUUAGUUGAUAAUUUUAAAUUAUUACGAACACUUGAAUGUCGACAUGAUAUAUCGAUUAUUACACGAGAUUAUCAUUUACUUAGUAUUCCAAUCGAUAAACAACCAGAUAUUUUAAUUGAUUCGAUUACUUCAAUGUUAAUCUUUGAUUUAAAUACCAAACUUGAUAUUAAUUUAGUACAACAUAAAAUUCAAUCAAUGACUCUUCAUUCAUGUCGUAUUCAUAUAGCUAUAUUAACUAGUGGAUCAAUACCUGAUUUUAUUCUUUCAACUUAUAUUACACCAAUCACUCAAUUAGCUAAACAAAUUCAAGAACAUGAAGCUAAUAUUGAUAUUCAAAUUAAAUCAUUUAGUAGUCUUGAAGAAUUUGCUAAUCAUGUAGCUCAACUAGUACAACAAGAUUCUACAUUAAAAUAUGUUUUGACACCGACACCAUCAUGGAAUGAAAAAAUGUUACUUCGUCGAUGUUCAUCACUUAAUAGUAUUAGUGCACAAUUAAUUUUACAACGUUUGAAAAAUGUCGAUCUAUCAACAGUAAAUCUUGAUAUAUUACUUAGUCAAUGUCCAGAAAUACCUAUGAUCUAUUUGAAAACAUUCUUGUCGGAUAUGCACAAAAGUACUUGA